GAGGUGGGGGAUCUCUACGGAGGAAGUGUUGUGUUUUUUCUCUGCUCUUCCCUCCAAAUCGUUUCAGAAAAUGUACCGGCAACCCAGCUUGAGGUGUGCUCCAUGCCUUAUAAUGUUAACUGAAAUAAAAUAAACGGAAAAAGAUUGUCGGUUUGAUUAGUUGAGACGAGAGAGGGUUUUAAAUUUAAUGAAUGGAGAAGGGGGGAGAGAAAGACAAUGGCGACUUGUAUGGGGUUCUGGGGUUAGAGCAUGAGUGCACCCAAUCUGAGCUCAAGAAUGCCUAUAAGCAACUUGCACUGAAAUGGCACCCAGAUCGUUGUUCAGCGUCGGGUGUGGAAGAAGCAAAGAAGAAAUUCCAGACAAUUCAGCACGCAUAUUCUGGUAAAUUAUCGUUGAGAUGGAUCGGACUCACUCACGCCUGUUCCAUUGUUAAUUUGACUGUGUUUGUUUAUGUUAUGUGUGUACCCUCCCUCCCCUCCCCAGUCUUAUCUGACGCCAACAAAAGGUUCUUGUACGACGUAGGAGUGUAUGACAGCGAUGACGACCAUAAUGGCAUGGGUGACUUCUUGAACGAAAUGGCGACAAUGAUGAGCCAAACAAAACCCAAUGAAAAGGGAGAGGAGAGCUUUGAGGAGUUGCAACAGCUCUUUGAAGAAAUGUUUCAAGCGGAUAUUGGGUCAGCGGGAAGCACUUCUCAAACUGCUCCUGGUUGUUCUGCUUCAUCUACGUACGCCACUUAUAGUGACAGUUCCACUGAGAUUAAUUUUGGAAAGUCAGAGGAUACAUCUGAUUUCAAUUCUAGCUACCAGAACUUCUGUUUAGGGACAGGUGGAGCACCUUCAAGAUCCCGCGAAGGAAAAGGGAACAACAGGAGGAGGAAUUUGAGAAUGAAGAGGUAGCAUCUUAUGCCAUUUCUGCUGAGAAAUCCAUAAUCUUAACUGUAGCAAGCUGAUAGCAAAAUUCUAAUUUCGGCAAGACAGGAACUACAUUUCAUGGGAGAGGAAAUUUCUUAGUAUAGUUCGUAUUAUGUCACCAAAUUCUCCUAGCCUCCUCCGCCCAUGCCUCGCAAAUGUAUGAUGGCAGCGCCACCGUCUCUUCUAUCUAAAUCCUCUUUGAUUAUUAUUUUUUAAUUCAAAGCCUCUUUCUUUGUUAAUGUUAAGGACCUUUAAUUACCUUAUCUUUU